AUGGCGCCCAUUCUGUUAGAUUCCGAUACCUUGGACCAACCGCUAACUUUGGUUCUCUUGGGGGACCAGGCAAAUGGCCUGAAAGAGUCGGUCGUGGAUCUACAGCUUUCUGAGCACCCCCGGCUCCUUCUGCGACUCGUCGAGGUUUUCAAUGCACCAACAAUCGUCAAAGCCGAGCCUUCUGAUAUCCAACUUCAACGUCUACUCCAACUUGCUUGGGUCAUUACAAUUGGAGCGUUCACCUCCUCGACUACCCUAUACGUUGGUGAGCAAUAUACCAAGGGACGUUGUUAUGUCGGGGAGUCUGAUGAUUCCACCGCCCCUUCGAUGCAAAUCCACGUCGACACUCAAGAAUCAGUGCAUGAAUUGUUCGGGCAGAUUACGAAUGGGCUUGGUUCCCUCGCAAAGGAGUCAUAUGCCAAUGGCGUGCAUGUAAAUGAUUGCAAGAAUCCUCGCUAUAACACGACCAUUGUUUACCAGCGAGAGCCUGCAAUGGCGGUGGGCUUGGGCCAGAAAGCCUGCAUGGGCCGGUGCCACGUUUGUUGCUCUAUUGCUUCGAAGCAAGAAACCCCCGGGGAGGGUCUGCUUCUUUUCGUCAGAUGUACGCCAGAUGACCUCCUGCAUGCACAGCUCGAUGUGGGCGACUCUCAAAUCGGCUUACCACUGGCAACAAGCUUACUCCACAGUUUCAAUCGAGCCCUCUCUUCAAUUGGAAUUACAUCAAUGCAGUCGAUUGGAGCCGUGGAUCUCUGUGGGUCAAAUGAUCGUGCCCAGAUUGCCGACUUCACCGGCUCUCUUGCACCUUCUCAAGAUGCCUUGCUUCACGAUCUCUGCUUACGCCACGUCGUGACAACCCCGAAUGCACCAGCUGUACGAUCAUGGGACGGCGACCUCACCUAUAGUGAACUCAAGGAUCUUUCAUCUCGCCUGGCUCAUUGGUUGGUUGGUCAGGGUGUUCGACCGGGUGUUUUUGUCGCCUGCACUUUCUACAAGUCAACCUGGGCAAUCGUAGCCCGUCUUGCAAUUCUAAUGGCCGGUGGUGCAUACAUCUGCGUUGAUGGCAGUGACCCACCACCAUAUCUGGCAUCUGUCCUGGAGCGAACUCAAAUUAAAAUCAUGUUGACAUCGACCGGAUACGCAUCGAGGUACACGCAACUUGUAGAAGUCCAGUUUGAAGUGAGCGCGGAUUCUCUCCGAGAACUCCCUUUCAUAUCCGGGGUACCAUGUGUCGAUGUUAAGCCUACCGAUGCUUGCGUAGUACUUUUCACUUCGGGCAGUACCGGUAAACCCAAGGGAAUCGUCCAAGAGCACCGAAGCUACGCGUCCGCUCUCACCGAUUACAUCCGCGUCAUGGGCAUGGGCCCUCAUUCACGACUUUUUCAAUUCGAUGCUUACGCCUUUGAUAUCAGUAAUAAUGAUUUCCUUGCACCUCUGCUAGCCGGUGGCUGCUGCUGUGUGCCCACAACUGCGCUGUCAGUGGAUGCCCUCAUGACAGAUAUCGAUGACCUCGAGGCUAAUAUGAUGUUUGCCACGCCCUCAGUGGCCAUCGAGAUUAAUCCCGACCGUGUGCCGACGCUGAAGAUGAUGUGCAUCGGCGGGGAGCCUGUCUCUGACGCGGUUCUCGCCAAGUGGCUGACUCGCGUGAAGGUUGUAAACCAGUAUGGCAUGGGGGAGGUAGCGUCUCUGUGUGCUCACAAUCCCAACCUUCAAAUGGGCCACGGCGCUAUUGUUGGAAGACCAGCUAGUGGCGCCAUCUGGAUUGUGAACCAAGAUCACCCUGAUCUACUGAUGCCCGUGGGAGCGGUCGGAGAGCUGCUCGUGGAGGGUCCACACAUAUCAAGAGGCUAUCUAGACCACGUCUCCGGAAAAUCGGAAAACUUCUUGACAACAUCGCCUCUCUGGAUGGCACAGAUUCAUGGCGAUCGUCCACAACAUCGAUUCUAUAGAUCCGGUGAUCUUGGCCGGUACAAUCACGACGGAACGAUUGAGCUCAUUGGGCGAAAAGACACAAUGCUAAAACUCGAUGGGGCGAGGGUGGAAGCCGGCCAAGUCGAGUACGUACUUCGCCAACAUCUGUCGACUGGGGAUGCCGCGGUGGUGGAUGUCUUAGGUGCUGUGGAUGGUGCGGGCGAGCCAAUCCUUGGGGUCUACCUCUACCUUGCGAAUAACCCAAUGAACCUGGAGACGGGACCAAUCGAAGAGAUGCAAUUUCGCCCGAUAAUGCAGCGUCAUGCGAUCUAUGCUCUCACUCAGGCCCUCAGCGAAGGGGUCCGGCAGAAUCUGCCCACCUACUAUGUUCCUAGUCUUUUCCUACUCGUCGACCGAGUCCCACGAACCAAGUCGAAGAAGACGGAUCGUCGCAAGCUUCACAUGUUAGGAAAUGCUUAUUACAUGGCCCAUCGAGAGGAUCUCAGAGAAAUUACGGUGUGGCCGGAGUGGGAAUAA